ACUAAUAACAUGAUUUAUUAGCAAAAUAUGUAGUUUAAGAACUUAAAGUUACAUACGCUGGAGAUGUAGCCUGAUAUUUAGCGACUAGUUCAAGGGCUGGUGGUCCCUUCCUACAAACACUUUCAAAAAGUCUGGACGUUAAAUUUUUCCCGUCCGACAUGUCAAACGCUGACAAUGCAAUUCUCCCUGUCACGGUGGUACGUGGCCUUAAUGACAGGGUGUAUGAGAAAAGAAAGAUGGCCGCGUUAGAAGUUGAGCGUAUUGUCAGAGAGCUCGUUGCUAAGAACGAUAUCAAACAGGUCAGGAAAGUGAUCGAUAUGUUGGUCAACAACUUUGUGCUUUCCCAAAACCCCAAUGCGAAGAAAGGAGGUCUGAUUGGUGUUGCUGCUGCUGCUAUUGCUCUCGGCAAAGAUAUCGGUCUUUUCGUCAGUGAAAUUGUCCCACCAGUGUUAAAGUCAUUUGUCGAUGUUGACUGCAGGGUUAGGUACUUUGGAUGUGAGAGCAUGUACAAUAUCGCUAAAGUAGGCCGAGCUUCCAUGUUACUCUUCUUCAAAGAGAUAUUCGACGGCGUAAGUAAGCUGAUAUGUGACCCAGACACGCACGUUAAGAACGGCGCCGAGUUACUGGACCGACUGGUUAAGGACAUUGUCACUGAGUCCAACAUAUUUGAUGUCGAUCUAUUCGUCUCAUUGGUAAGGGAACGUAUCUACACAAACAACGACAACGUUCGUCAGUACCUAGUGAGCUGGAUCCAGCUCCUCUGUUCCGUUCCUGACAUUGACCUGGUUUCUCAUCUCCCAAUGCUGCUUGACGGUCUGUUUAUCAUUCUGGGUGAUCAGAAGGACGAGAUCCGCGCCAUGACUCAACAGGUACUUAACGAUUUCCUGAUGGAGAUAAAUCGUAAAAGUGUUGGGACCAACUUCAAGGCAAUGAUAGUAGUUUUGCUGGGGCACAGUAAGAGUGCAAACAGCUCCACUCAACUUAUUGCCCUAAUAUGGAUACUCAGGUUCCUCGAGCUGGAUGGGGCAAACUUAACGUUUUACAGUGCUGGAAUACUGAACGCAGUGUUACCGUGUUUAUCAGAUCAGCAUAGUAAGACUGAUAUAUUUGAAACCGCUGUCCGGACUAAAGACAAGCUCCUCUCCCUCCUUACUGAAACUUCAGGUACGCUGGAGAACAUGGAUAUAACGGAUAUGUUGAGUGUGCUCCUGGCUCAUGUAGUGCCUUCUACCGUCUACAAAGACUCAACAGGUAGAGAGUACACCUCGCCCUCCCAGAUCUCUGUCACCACCAAGAUAGCAGUGUUACAAUGGGUCCGGACCCUCCACUCCCACGUCCCCAACAAGAUCAACUCUCAACACCAGGACAUAUUUCCGGCUGUUAUCCGGACUGUUUCAGAUCCGUGUGAUGGUGUUGUGGUGCUGUCCAUACAGCUCCUCGCUGCAAUGUGUAUGCAAAACAGUGAUCAAGACAAGACCAACUUUGAGAACUUUCUACGAAGCCUGAUAGCAAAGUUCAAGGACGAUGAGAAACUGCUAGACAGACGGUGCUCCUUUAUAAUACAGACUCUCUGUACCCAUGUGGAUAGUGAAAAGGUGUUCUGUACGCUAGCUCGACUCCUGGUGGAGGAGACUGACAUCGUGUUCACAGCUCUCUUAGUCCAGUACCUGAACUGGAUCCUACUCACCUCCCCCAACCUCGCCCCACUCAGGGAUACCCUUAAAUCUCAGCGCAACAACCCCAAACUCGGUAAGAAAGGGUCUACAGACGGAAGAGCAGUUUUCAGCACCCUUUACACAACUUGGUGCCACGACCCAGUCUCAACAAUCGCUCUGUGUAUGAUAGCUCACUCUUAUCAGCAUGCAAGUGACGUCAUACACGCGCUGGGAGAAUAUGAGAUGACAGAGAUGACCUUGUCCGGACUUGACAAACUCGUUCAACUGUUGGAAAGUCCGGUAUUUUCUGCGCUUCGACUGGAACUCGUUCAACCGGACACCAACCCUGAACUCUUCCGUAGUCUUGCAGGUAUUCUUAUGCUACUGCCCCAAUCCGAGGCCUUCACCCUGCUUCGUAAUCGAUUGGAAUGUGUGGGUGUGGUCAGGGCUGCUGAGAGAACGAGUCAAGCAAGCAGUGAUUUGGUGGACGAUAAAACGCUGAAGGAUAUGCUGCAGCAUUUUAACGUAGUACAAGCACAACACGCUAUCAAAAACUUGAAGUUAAGUGAAAGUCAGAAUCUGAGUCAACAGUGAAGACCAACGUUGAAAUCCUACCACGAUUGUAUUGGACGACUUAAAAGCCAAAGCUUCUUUAUCUGACACAAGAAACCCACAUGACACAAAGUUUAUUUGUAAUGGUUUAAAUAAAUUCUAUGCUUAAAAGCUUUUUUAGAUUUUCUCAACAGCAUUCAGAGGAUUCUCAGUUUAUUUGUCUUCUAUGUGGCCGGGAUUGUUUUUUUUUGAGUAACGUAACUUAUUUGUGUGGUUAGUUAAUAUUCCAGAAAUAUUGGAUUUUAUUUCUGUAACGCCCUGUUGUUGCCAGAAAUCCUCAAACAAAACUGGUAACGAUAUUUAAGAGAGCGUUCAUAAAUAUUAAUAAUUAUUAGAAAAAAAAUGAAACCAUUUUGAUGUGGUUGGUAGAUGAAAAUGGAAGUUUAGUAGAAUUUGUAAAUGCUCUCAUAUAUUACGGAUGUGACAGUUUUUGGGUUUGUUACUCGGGCUUUUGUUGGUGAUUGGCAGAUAUAACUUAUGGCGUUACAAAUCAGAUGUUUAAAUUUGUCUAGCGUGUUUUUAUUAAUUGAUUAUCAUGGUGAAUUAUAAAUUAUGGAUAUGAAUCGGUGAAAUUGGCGGAAAUAAAAUGAAUACUUGUUUUCUUGGCAAUAACGAGGAUUAAAUUAAAAUACUCUUUUUAGAAAUUGUCUUCUUUUUUAGGUUUUGAAUUACGUUUCUAUCUCUAUGUGCAUCAACCUGAAUUCCAAAUUUGCUUUACAUCAUACAGUUCUUUAUAACAACUAUCCUGUUUCUGUUUACCAUGUCUUGACAAAUAUAUCAAAGUUUAUUUAAGACCUGAAUGAUAAUUUUAGUCCAUGACGAAUGAGAAAUCAUAAUAUUAAUGAUAAUAGUGAUAAUUGACCGUGUUUAAUGUAUCUAAUUUGAGUGUGUUGCAACGCACGUGUACAUUGAUAAUAUUGUUUUUGAUGA